AUGAGCGACUCCGCCUCCGCCUAUGAGCCCGACGACGACCCCGAGUCUGAGUCCGACUUCGAACAACCCGAAUCCGAAUCCGACUUCGAGCCACCCCGCUCGCCCGAUGAACGCUCUACAACUCCGAAUCAAGAUUUAAACGAAUAUGAUUACCAUCGCGACCCGUCAUUCAAUGGGAUCGGGCGACAACUCGGCGAUGCGCUUAUGGAACGCGUCCCGCAAAUACGUGGAUCGCUCACAUUUCUCCGAGCCUACGCCCACAUGAUUGUACAAAACGAGGAGAUUAUAGAUUAUGCCUCGCUGAGAGAACUUGACAACCCAUAUCAAGUCAGUCAACAUGGCUCGAUGGUCUGGACCCCGACAGAGAAAGAAGUGUUCUUCAAUGCACUGGACCGGAAGGGAAAGAGUGGCAUUAAAGAGAUUGCUGCUGCAAUCGGUACCAAGUCGGAACUUGAGGUUAUGGAAUACAUCCGGGUUUUGCAUAAGGCCUUGACGGCCCAGUAUAGUUCCGACGUGCACCUGGAACGCAUGCCUGUCUUGAGCGAUGUCCUAGCGGCUACAGAGGUCAGCGAGGAAUGUUGUGGACUACUCGAGGAAUAUGCAGAUGUUCUAUCAUUGAAGGAGUCUCUUAUUGAAGCUCAAACCGGAACACAGCAACACGGAGAUAACUGGAUCAUCACUCGUGCUCGUGCACAGGAUCUGGAGGCCGAGGAGGACGACAGUGCUCGAGGGGAUCUCCGCCUUGCAUCUGAUUUGCUGAACCUUCCAUAUUGGCUUCGGCUUUCUUCUUCUUUGUUCAUGAACCUCGGUGGCACACAAGCUGAGAACAACUGGUGGAACCUUGCCAAGAGACAGGACCUAAUCACAGCGUAUGGACAUACCCCGUCCAUGACUGCAGAUACCGCUGUGGAGUUCUAUUCCCUCGCUGUUAGUGUCACGCGCCGCUUGAUCCAAUCAUCCCUCUUCUUUGCAAUGUCAAGGUUGCGCAGCUCGAACCGCAGUGGGAAUGACAAAAAAGGAUACAUUCGAACGCAAGAUGUGCGGGCCGCCAUUGAAGUGCUCAACAUGAAGCAUUGUAGGCCUAACUUUGUGGACAUUGCUCGUCGCAACGAAACAGUCCUGGAAGACAUCAACAACCGGAAAGGUUGGACGGCUAUGACAUUUACCUACGAAGAAGCCAAGGAGAUCCUCGAGAAACACGAGUGGACCCGAUACCGUAAAGAUGGAAGCAUGUACAAUGGUGACAACGAUGAAGAGGACAGUGAAGAUGACGCCAUAACUGAUGAUGACAUCGGAACGGACGAUGAUAUCGAAAUGGAAGUCAACAACCAAGAGGCAGAACUUCAACCAGUGCCAGAACUGGAACUGGAGCCAGAGUUCGAACUUGAUUCAGGACUAGAGGACUCUGAUCACGACCAUUUGCUCACGCAAGAGCCCUCCAAUAUGAGAGCGCCAAUUGCAUUGCCAGACGAAGUGGAAAUGGACCCAGAAGAAAAGGAAGCAGAUAUCGCAGACCAGAACAACAGCCAUCGCGAAGAGGCCAACUUCCUGAAGUUAAUGGAACGACCCGUGCCGGCCAUCCUUGAGGAACCUUUGAAGGCAGAAGAACCCGAGGACGAGAAGACGCUACUGCCAGAGCGCAGAAUCAGAGAAGAUAUCUUCAAUUGGCGUGACCGGACCGUCUACCGCAGCGAGUGGGAGGAGUACGGAUACGACUUCGCUGAUCUGAAGGAAGACAUAGAAAUGCCUCCGCUGAAAAGGCCCAGAUACAACGAACAAGCAGUUGUUCUCUCUGCUCCGGUUCCUCCGAGCGAGGACGAUGAUAAUGGAUCUCAGCAAGGAGAAAACCCACCAACCGCUGGAGAGUCCUGGUUGCAAUAA